AUGGCUGAUACAAUGACAAUUGAACAGAUGAGUGAGUGCAGAGAAGCAUUCUGUUUGAUCGAUACAGAUUCUGAUGAUGAAGUUGCAUCAGUGAUUCAAUUCUUGAAUGGGGACACAAGAAAGGAAGAAACUAUUCAAGUGAUGAUGGAUGAUGACUUUGUUGAUUUCCAAGAGUUUUUGGAUAUUAUUUCCCAAAAAAUGAAGGAAAAUGUAGCAGAGGAAAUGAAAGAAGCAUUCGAAGUUUUUGAUCGUGACCAAGAUGGGUUCAUAUCAGCAAUUGAGCUAAGAAAUGUGAUGUUGAAUUUGGGGGAGAGGUUAAGUGAAGAAGAAGCUGAACAAAUGAUAAAAGAAGCUGAUUUUGAUGGAGAUGGCCUUGUUAGCUUUGAGGAAUUUGCAAGAAUGAUGAUCUAA